ACGGUAAGUAGACUUUCCAAGGACUAGCACCUUCCCUUCGGUUUAUUUAAGCAGCUUUUCUGGUUGAGCUCUGAACAUGAGAAAGGGUCAGCUUACACAAGUGAAAUAGUGGAAGGGGAAGAGAGAGCUAGAGAGUGAGAAAAAAAAAAUGGAGAAUGGAGAGCAUCAAGCCAUUACUAUAGAGGAAUCCAAUAGCAACAUAGAAACGUCGGUUCGCUCUACCAAUGAAAUAGAGGAAUCCAGUGACGAUGCAUGUGUCAUUCUCAUACAGAGGCGCUUGGAAGAAAAUAGAAGAGAAGGAGCUCAAACCACAACGGAAAGGGUCUCCACUUCUAUAUGCAGAGUCCCUCAAAACCUUGCAAGAAUCAGUAGAAGGGCCACUGAGCCAGAAAAGGUGUCGAUAGGCCCUUAUCACCACGACAAAGAUGAGGUACUUGAAUUCCCAAGUUACAAAUGGCAGUUUCUUGAUUCCCUACUUUCUCGAACGGAACAACCGAAGAGUUCUUUACGGUUCAUGACGCUAGCCAUGAAAGAAUUAGAGCUCAAUGCAAGAGCACAAUACUCAGAGCUGAUUCAGAUGUCAAGUGAUGAUUUCAUUGAGAUGAUGCUACUUGAUGGUUGCUUUAUCAUUGAGCUCUUCCAACAAGUUUGCCGGAGUGAAGAUUCUGCGAAUGUCAAUAGCCUAAUGCUCAUGAAGCCAUGGUUAAUUCCGAUUCUCAUUAGAGACCUCUUAAAGCUUGAAAACCAAAUUCCCCUCUUCGUUCUUUUGAAGUUAUUCAGUCUCUCCAAUUGCAAUACAAGUGAACACUUUGUUUGGCAAGCCUUAGAGUUUUUUAAUCUUGCCUUGCCGAGGUCCCUUGAAUCAUUCAAGGGACAACGGCGAGUUUUCCUUUAUGAAGACAGCAGUCAUCUACUUGACUUGUUUUACAGGAGCUACUGCGUCCCAAAAAUACAGCAAGCCGGGUUUAGGGAAGCCUGGUUAAGUUACAACGGCUCAAGCUACCCGUCCACAAGAAGAUUGCUCCCCUGCUUAAGAUACCUCAGCAAGUUAACCAAGCUCUGCAAAAGAAGAUCACCUGGAUUACCAAGGUAUCGUCCAUUAUCUGAUCAGUCAAUACCAUGUGUGACACGGCUCCGGCAUGCUGGGGUCAAGUUUAGGCCACAAAAAGGUGAUAAUUUCUUGGACAUAAAUUUCCACAAAGGGGUGCUAGAAAUCCCACCCAUGACCAUCAAUGAUUUCACCAGCACUGUCCUAAUCAACUGUGUUGCCUACGAACAAUGCUACCCACGGUCCUACUCGAAACGCUUUUCUGAAUAUAUUGCCUUCAUGAGUUGUCUCAUCAACUCAAGUAGAGACGUUACAUUCCUUUGUGAGGACGGAAUUAUCUCAAAUUUCUCCUACAAUGAUAAUCAUGUUGCUAAUCUUUUCAAGAAAUUGGGAGAGCAUGUUGUGUUCAACAUUAGAGAGUGUUACCUGAAAAACGAAUUCAGAGAAGUGGAGGCCUACUAUAGCAGCAACUGGGCAACUUUGAGGCGCACAUAUUUUAGCAGUCCGUGGUCAACCAUCUCAGUCGUCUCAGCCUCCGCUCUGCUGGCGCUAACAGCGAUACAGACAAUCACAGCCAUUUUGAGCUACAAGGUCCACCAUAGCUAAUGCUUCUGGACUGUUACGCUGAUCAGAAUUAACUGUAUAAAAGUGCUAGAGUUUGUAUUGUUGUUACAUCUCUCUCGUUCGUUGCAAUAAUCUUCAUGGUGCUUACUCUCUUGCUCGUUCAAGGAUGAUGAUAGCUAAUGAAGUUUUAUGUUCAAGAAGUAUAGAUUCUUGAAGUUUUAUGUUCAAGAAAGCACUACAUGUGCAAGCCGCAAGCUGGAGCCUGUUAUAUGUUGUUAAGUUUGUAUGUGUCUUCCAGUUAUAUGUAUUUUGUGGGUUUUUCUUUUGUUUUGCUUUUGGUUUGGUUGGUUCUGGUGAAACUCUUGUAUUUCUUCUUUUAUUAUUAUUAUUAUUAUUAAAGGAUUAAUUACCUUUUUAGUA